CAACGACAAUACGCGACCAUCGACUAUUUUUGAAUGAUAAUCAUUCAUUCAUUUGGGUAUUUUCAUUCAAUGAUUCGAAUAUCAACCAAAGAAUUCUGAGAUUAUCGUAGAAUUCCAUUGUGGAUUGGAUAUAAAAUAAUCAAUAUCAAACAUCUGUGAAAAAUCAUCAUUUUAAUCAUUGAUCAUCAUUCGUCAUCAUAAUUGUGUGGCCUUAAUAAAUUUUACAUUAUAUAUCAUUAAUAUUAACAACAUUAUCAUCAACAACACCAAGAAGACAUUUACAUUGACAAAUCAUCAACAUCAUCAUCAUCAUCAUCAUCAUCAAAAUUAUUUAGAAUCUAUUUUUCCAUCCAAAAAACGUUGAUUUUCGUGGUUAUCAUUUUUUUUAUCGCUGUUAUUAUUAUUCUCAUAUUUCCAACUACAAUUGAUUGACUCGAAAUAAUAAUAAUAAAAAACAAAAACAUGGGAGCCAUAUUGGAUACACCACACACAGAGAAAACGACCGAUACCGGUACGGGUAAUGAUCUACGUUAUGGUGUAUGUUCAAUGCAAGGAUGGCGAGUUGAAAUGGAAGAUGCUCAUUGUGCUAAAGUUGGUUUACCUGGUCUACCUGAAUGGAGUUUUUUUGCCGUGUUUGAUGGUCACGCUGGUGCCUAUGUAUCGGCACAUUGUGCUGAAAAUCUUCUUAAUACAAUAUUACAAACGGAUAGUUUUCUUGAUUAUGCUGCUGCUGCAUCAAAGUUAUCCAAAGAAAACAAUACGAAUAAUGGUGAUGUUCAACAAACAACAACAUCAUCAUCAUCAUCGCCAACACCAACAACAUCUAUUGUUGGUGAUAAUAAUAUUGAAAAUAGCAACAAAAACAAUCAACAAGUACAACAAAAUCAAGAAUGUGAUCGAACCGAAAAUGAAUUGGAAACAAUGAUGAAUUCACAAGCCACUGAUGAUGGCAGUGAUCAUAAUUUAGAACGUAUCAAAUCAAACAUACGGGAAGCAUUCUUGAAACUUGAUGAAAAAAUGAAAUCAUUGCCAGAAGUAGAAUCCGGGGAAGAUAUAUCUGGUUCGACGGCAGUAGCCUGUUUAAUAUCACCAACACACUUAUUUUUUGCUAAUUGUGGUGAUUCACGUGCCGUACUUUCCCGUAAUGGCCAGGCUAUAUUCUCUACAAAAGAUCAUAAGCCAGUAAAUCCACAGGAAAGAGAAAGAAUUCAAGCUGCUGGUGGUAGCGUUAUGAUUCAACGUGUCAAUGGUUCAUUGGCCGUGUCCAGAGCACUUGGUGAUUAUCAAUAUAAACAGGUUGUUGGUCGUGGACCAUGUGAACAAUUGGUUUCACCUGAACCAGAAAUAACCAUCGUUGAACGUGAUCCAAGUGCCGAUGAAUUUUUAAUUCUAGCUUGCGAUGGUAUAUGGGAUGUAAUGAACAAUGAUGAUCUUUGUGAUUUUGUUCGUCAUCAAAUACGUAUACAUUCAAAUGUUGGUGAAGUUUGUUCCACAAUCGUCGAUACAUGUCUUCAUAAGGGAAGUACAGAUAAUAUGAGUGUAGUUCUGGUUACAUUUCCUGGAGCACCACCAAUAUGUGAAGAAACUAAACGUAAAGAUGAAGAAUUGAAUGAAAAAAUCAAAAAUGAAGUAGUUUGUCAAUUGUUUCGUAAUAUGGAAUUGUAUAAUUCAAUAUAUCUUUUAAUGCAAUCGCUUAAAAAUAUUAAAUUUGAUAAUCUACCUCCUGGCGGUGGUUUAGAUGCAAAACGGACACUGAUCGAAGAAAUACAACGACGACAAGUUGAAAAACGUAAUAACAGAGUAAAUAAUGGCCAAUGACGUAAUCGAUUUUUUUUCAGCCCCCUUAUUGAUUUUGAGCGAUGUGCAAACUAAACACACACACACACCCAACAUACAACAAACAUACAUACACACAUUCAAUAAUAAUAAUAACGGAUAUAAUAUG